AUGGCGGACACAACUCUCCAGUCGUGGGAGUACCUCGAGACACUUCCAGGGACGCAAUUCUAUCGCCUUUACAGGAGUCCAUCCUCUGCUUUAGCGAUCUUUAGAAAACGGCUGUCAGCACUGGCAAAGUCCUUCGUCUUGAUGCUGUUGUACAUGCCCCGUCCCAUGCCAGCGAAACAACUGGAACAGUUUGUUCAGGACACCAGCAGGGGCGAACGUGAGCAUGCUUUGGAUCUACUUCACCGUUACCAUAUAUUUCGAGAUGUCACUCUCAACUCGACAAAAGCAUAUGCGUUGACAGCGGACUUUGCCAAAUCCCUCCGUCGCGCUUUGACGGGGGCAGGAGACAGUCGGUCAUUCGGAAAAGCCGCGAGGGUCCCGGAAAGCGACAGAGUCACCAUAUCGCAGCUGGAUGAGUACUCGCGUCAAAGAUGGGAAGGUAUAUUAGGCUACAUGGUUGGCUCAUCUGCCAUUCCGCUCGAAACGGCAAAUGAGCAGCAGGCGAUCGAACCGGCCCCGGGAGUCAUUGAGCUUCUCAAAGCAGGUCAUCUCAUCGAAGUCAGCGGGGCCUAUAGUCACGGUCAAAGAGCCAAGAUCACGAAGGAAGGCUUUGCGUUCGUCCUGCAAGACAUUAAUACCCAAGUAUGGGCAUUGCUUUUCCUCUACGUGGACAAUGCCGAGGUCUUUGACAUGGACAAGGUCGACGUCCUUUCCUUCCUUUUUCUUGUCUCGUCGCUAGAACUAGGACUUGCAUACUCGACCUCUACUCUAGACGAAACCCAACAGCGCUGCCUCUCCGACCUUGUUUCCCUAGGUCUCGUCUAUCAACCCCCAUCGGACAACGGUGUCACUCCUGCCGAUUACUUCUACCCGACGCGCCUGACCACAACGCUGACCUCCGACUCCGCCACGGCACUCUCGACGGCGAACCUCACCAUCGGCACGUCACUCUCCCAGAAAUACUCAUCCAGCUCCUCGUCAGGCACAACUACGCCCUCCGGCACCGUCACACAAAAGGGCUUCAUCAUUGUUGAAACCAAUUACCGCGUCUAUGCCUACACUUCUUCCCCUUUACAAAUCGCCCUCUUGUCACUAUUCAUAAACCUUCGUUCUCGCCACCCGAACCUCGUCACGGGGAAAAUGAGUAAAUCCUCCGUUCAACGAGCCGUUCAGGCCGGCAUCACUGCCGAUCAGAUCAUUUCUUAUCUGACAACUCAUGCCCACCCUCAGAUGAGGAGGCAUGCGCAGGCUGAACAAGCCGCCUUGUUAGCACGGGGUACCGCUACAGAGUCGCAGGCGCAGAGAACAGUGCCAGUGCUGCCGGCGACGAUAUUGGAUCAGAUCCACCUGUGGCAAUUGGAAAGAGACCGCAUGACCACGACACCAGGGUUUCUGUUCAGGGAUUUCUCCACCCGGGCAGAGUACGAGGCCAAUUGUCGGUAUGCAGACGAGACUGGCGUUUUGGUGUGGAAAGACGAUGCAAAGAGGUUGUUCUUUGUGACGCGCUUAGAGGGCGUGAGGGCGUUUAUGGCGGAGAGGAGAGCGACUGGCGGUGCCGGCGCAGUACAAGGCUGA